AUGGAGUCUUCGCUGAAAAGGGUCUUUUCGGGGACGCCAGACCCCUCGGCGCGGCCAUCGAAGCUUAAGAAAAUCACGAACAGCAUCCUCGGCAUCUUCCAGCGGCCCAAAGACGCCGGCUGCGACACCUCCGGACCACACCCUUCGAGACCCAACACCAGCACCGCCGCUAAUCUCAGUCUCAACCACGACUCGUUCCGCUCCCAGUCGUCGCCGAUCACCGCCCGCAUGCUGGAGCAGUACUACGAGUCCAUCAAGCGUGAAAACAACAUGCUGUCCUCGAGACUGCGCGACGCAGACGACAGCCUCAAGGCAGAGUCCACCAGUCUGGGCGACGAGACCGUGCUCAACGGCACCGCGCGCUCGCCAGCGCCUGCGGCAGCCGCGAAGCGCAAGGUGUCCGCGUCAGCCAGCCAUCCGCCGGCAAAACAGCCCAAGAAGCCACCACCGUCGUUCUCAAUCGACCCUAUAGAACGCGCUCAGCUGGUAAUGCUCAAGCGGAGAAUGCAGCAGGAUAAGUACCGCAAGUCCAGAAUGGCGUACCUGCGCGACCACACCAGAAACCUCGUGCAUACAUCGUCCAACGCGUCGGCCGGCUCCAAGUACGUCGACACCUCUGUCGAGACUGUUGAGCAUGCCCCGGAACUUGCAACCAAGACAAAGUCGGUGCAGAAAAUCCCUAAAGAGCGGCUGAACCAGCACGGCAUCUUCAAGGCAGUGCUCGACUACGACGACGACGACGAAGAGCCAGAGGUCCAAAAGGUGGAGGUGAAGCCUUUGACCGAGAAAAUAAAGUUUGCACCAAAGAAAGACGUCCAGUUCGCCCCCGAGAAGCUGGCGACCUCGUUCGACACGGCCACAAAGCCGAAAUUCGUGCCCGAGAAGAAGCCAGAGCAGCCCCUGGACUCUGCUCCAUUGAAACCCACCCCAGCAUUCACAUUAACGGACAAGAAACAGACAGACUCGCCGACAUUUUCGCUCAAGUCUGCGGACUCGAAGCCAGACGCUCCCUCGUUCUCGCUUUCGAACGGCUCGUCUGCUCCUUCAGUGUCGCUUCCAAGCACAGCAGGAAAAAGCGAAGAGGAAGAGCCAAAGAGAAAGAGAUUUACUUUGGGCUCUAAGCCAGACGAGUCUUCUAAGUCGGCUCCAGCGUUUUCCUUCAACACGGACUCUCAAAAGCCGCUGUUCUCGUUCGCCAAGCCUGAACAGGAGUCUGUGCAGAAGCCUGAGCAAAAAGACAAUGCAGAGUCGAAGCCUGGCCCGGCGUUUUCAUUUGGUGCUAAACCUGCGGACGCUGCUGAGAAGCCUGCUCCGCCUUCUUUCUCCUUUGGAAGCCAGACGAAGCCGGCCACCGAGGACAAAGCUGAAGCAAAGAGCCAGGAGGAGGCCAAGCCUGCGCCUUCUGCUGCAUUCUCGUUUAGCACGAAGCCGCAGACUCCUGCUUUCUCUUUCUCCAAGCCGACUGAGGAGCCCGAAAAACCUGCUGCUUCCUCGUUUUCGUUCGGCUCCAAGCCAGAGCCGGCCAAACCAGAGGAACCGGCUAAAAAGCCAGAAACACCGACACUUUCUUUCGGUGCUAAGCCGGCUGAAACGGCACAACAGAACGACGAGUCAAACAAGCCUGCCACACCUUCUUUCUCCUUUGGCUCCAAACCAGCUGAACAAGGCACCCAGUCCACCGAGGCUGCUAAGCCAGCAUUCAGUUUUUCCGGCAGCUCAUUUGGCGCCAAGGAAACCGAAAAGGAGGAACAGAAACCUACAGAGUCCAAGCCGUUCAGCUUCGGCACCACCAAACCAGCCUUCUCGUUCGGCUCCCAGCCCUCGCAGUCCGCCGCUGCUCCUACCUCGUCGGGCUUUGGGGCCUCUACGGGCACGGCUGCCAACCCUGCUUCUAGCUCGGUGUUUGGCUCCGGCGCACCGGCCUCAACUCCUUCGUCGUCCACGUCUGGCUUCUCGUUCGGUGCCGCACCAAAACCGGCUGCUCCCGCUGCCCAGCCGGCACCGGCGUUUUCUUUUGGCACGUCGCAGGGCUUCUCGUUCGGCAAGCCGGCUGCCAGCGCAAGCGGCUCGCUCAGCUCUGCGGGAUCUGCCUCGUCUGCGUUUGGCCAGCCGUCCGCGCCUGCGCCCGCACAGCCCGGAUUUGGUGGCUCGCUGACGAACCCGGGCGCAGGACAGUCUGUGUUUGGCGGGUCGACGCCGCAGCCGCAGAACAAGAUCUUCAACCUGGACGGAACGCACUUUGCCCAGGCACAGCCUCAGAGCCAGACGCCGUCCUCGUUUGGCGGGUUCAACCCGUCCAGGUCUGCCACGCCAAACUUCGACUUCACGGGAGCCUCCAGCUCGGCUAACGUGGACCCGUCCUCGGUGUUCUCGGCCGCGCCAUCCACCACGCCUCCCCCAAACACGCAGGCGCGCCGCAAGAUCUAUCCGCGCAGCAUGCUGAGAGGAAGAAGAUAA